UGCGCAGAAGCGCUUUCCACCUUCCAGGACCGCGGGAGAGGCGCUCUGCAAAAACCAGCGAGCUGGGAACGGGACUGGCCGGGGUGCGCAACCUUCACACCCACAACACGCCCACCCAGCACGUUCCUGAGCCUGGAGAGCAGCUCUUUAAAAGGCUCCCGCCGAGCAGAGAAGAUGUUUGGUUUUCACAAGCCAAAGAUGUACCGGAGUAUAGAAGGCUGUUGCAUUUGCAGAGCUAAGUCAUCUAGUUCCCGUUUCACCGACAGUAAACGCUACGAGAAGGAUUUCCAGAGCUGCUUUGGGUUGCAUGAGACUCGAUCAGGAGACAUCUGUAACGCAUGUGUGCUUCUGGUGAAAAGAUGGAAAAAGCUGCCAGCGGGAUCCAAAAAAAACUGGAAUCAUGUGGUGGAUGCCCGAGCAGGGCCCAGUCUGAAGACGACACUGAAACCAAAGAAAGUCAAAACUCUCUCUGGAAGCAGAAUAAAAAGCAACCAGAUCAGCAAGCUACAAAAGGAAUUCAAACGCCACAAUUCCGACGCUCACAGCACCACCUCAAGUGCCUCUCCGGCUCAGUCCCCGUGCUACAGUAACCAGUCGGAUGACGGGUCUGACACAGAGAUGGCGUCGGGGGCCAACAGAACACCAGUCUUCUCCUUCUUGGAUCUCACCUAUUGGAAAAGACAAAAAGUGUGCUGUGGGAUCAUCUAUAAAGGGCGCUUUGGGGAGGUCCUUAUAGACACACAUCUCUUUAAACCUUGCUGUAGCAAGAAGGCAGCGGCCGAGAAGCCAGAAGAGGAAUCCCCGAAGGCCCUGCCCAUCGCCUCUCAGGAGGAAUGGUGAUGGUCCUUUGAAACUCUGGAAAGGCAACGCCGAGAGAAUCUGCUAAUCUGCCAAAAGACCGUCUCUCUAAUUGUUUGGGUUUU